AUGAAGAGGCCGAGGAGACGGCCUUGGUCUCUGAUUCCCGCUGUGAGCGGCCUCCUGAGAGGCAGAGGAACCCACGCUUCGAAGACUCGUUCGAACUCAGUGAGCGUUUCGAACGUGGAUGCUGACGAAAACCAAAGUCCUAGCACCUGCGAAGCCGUAUUUCGGGUUCGCUCGUACACCAUCGCGAACGAGGACAUCAUCUUACUCGGUUCAUGUGAAUCGCUUGGUUGUUGGGACGCGGAGCGCGCUGUGGCGCUGGAGACCUCACCCAGCACAUACCCGGUGUGGGAGGCGCUUGUUGAGCUCCCUGUAAACACGCGAGUGCGUUACGAAUAUGCGAAGCGAGUGUAUGACAUGGAUCGCGAACAGCUCGAACGGAUCGUUCGUGAACGGCAUCCGCAACCCGGACGGUUUAUCGAUACAGGGAACGAAGGCGGCUUUUGGUUGAUUGAUGAUGGUCACCUGCGAAACAGCUACUUUGAUGACCCUCGAAGCGACGAGCACGCAACGCCGACAGACGCCAACAGCCCUGGGACAGGCGGAGAUCGGCUCUGUUCUACUGGGGCUCGGCGAGUCCAGUAUUUGGGCCUCGAUCAACUGACACAAGCUUUUGAGCGAGAGUACUCUCUCAGUGAACAAGUGAACCUGAGGGAGGACUUUCUGCGCACCUUCCAGCGCCUGGGAGUUUUUCGUAUUGGUUCGCGGCGAAGUCUUCCGACUUUUCUGCGGGGCCCGCUGCAACCGAAAGUGAUGCGGCGGAACAAAUCCGGGAUUACUGUAUUCAAGGAUAAUCCUUCAUGGUUUAUUGCGCUGAAUAUUCAGGCCGGUGUGCGCCGAUCCCUUCAAGUCCUCCACGAGCAGGAGCGGCAGCAGCGCAAUGCCCCUCUGCAGGAUGCGGACUUUGUGGCAGCCUUUGUAUGCCAUGUGGAAGCCGGAGACCGUGUCCGCGAAGUACCGAACCGGUAUAUAGAACCUCUUAGCGACUCGAUCAAAUGGGAGUUUUCGGCACCGCGCGUUUUCGCACGUCUGCGUCGCGUGUUCGGCUACACUGACGAUGAGUUCCUGGGGUCGCUCUGCAACCCAGCAGGACUGGUAGAGAUACCCAGUCCAGGUAACUCCCAGGCACUUUUCUUCCUGACGCACGAUCAGCAGUUUCUACUCAAGACCAUUACGCGACAGGAGUACUCGAAGCUGAUUCAACUGCUACCAGCAUACUUCGCUUACGUUUCUUCAGAUCCGUUGGGCACUCUGCUCCCGCAGUACUUAGCGCUGUUUCAGAUCCGGACUCGACAAAGACACCAUAUUCGUUUCGUUGUCGUCCCGGACCUAUUCCCGUCCGCUUUUCGCUUGCAUGAAAAGUACGAUCUGAAAGGAAGCCGGCGAUCGAAGCCGCGCCCCAGGUCGCUACGGAGCCUUCCUCAACGGUACAAGAAAAAGGCAAGUGCGUCUCUUGCGGAUGCACGCACUCGCUCAAGCAAAUCACCAGCUGCUUCAAAUGAGACCGGAACAGAGAGACCUCCAUUGCAUUUGCAGGUGCCCCAAACGUCUUUCGUGGAGCAUGAGUGGUCAGAGAGAAUUGCAUUCUCUCAACUGGUUGCGGUGCCGAUAUUCAGAGAGGAUGACAUUCGCUCACCGUUUCUGAUUCGCGCAAAUGAUUACACCAUCCUCAUGCGCAUGAUCGAGAGGGACACGGCGUUCCUGGAGGAGCUCCAUAUUAUGGACUACUCGCUUCUCAUUGGGCUCUCGGAACCGAUCCCGGCACCAUUAUGGAAACGCACGCACAGUGCGACUCACGAAGGACGAGCGCAUGGAUCGGAAAUCCCGUUUGCCGAUGAGACGCAGAAGCAAUCGCUGCCGGUCAUUUUGGAAUCAACAAACACAGACCAGGAGGGGCUUCUCUUGAGCACUGUGUCGCCGCUGGCGAAGCUUACACUGCAGCUGCCAGGUUCGACGCCCGGGAUGGCCCCGCAAAGUCCAACUCUCGCCCAGAGAAUCACCGAUGCCACUGAAGACAAGCUUCUUUUUCGGGAUCUGAUCGCGUUUCGCCGAGAGGCUGGCAACUACGUUGGAUACAAGCUUCGCCUCGGCAUUAUUGAUGCACUGCAGGAUUACAGCGUACCCAAAAGACUGGAGUUUGGCUGGAAACUCUUUAUUUAUUGCGGUGCAGCGCCAUCGGUUUGCCCGCCAGCUUUCUAUCGUCGACGAUUCUUGCAAUAUAUGCAGAACGUUUUUGUUCCAUACAACCCGGUUGAGCUCCCGAUCCGGACAAGCCGCGACCUCGAUGGCUCCAACGGCUCUCAUUAG